GCUAUGGAGCUGUAGUUAUUUCGCGCUUUUCCCCCAUUAACUGUAACUCUUCGGAUCCCAAACUGGCGACCUCACAUCUCCAGCUGGCACGCGCAAAUCAUCUCAUAGACCAGAUCAAGUUCAAAGUGUUUCCUGCGUGGCGGGGGGCUGGAGAGGGUCAUGGUUGGGGCUGGGCUCAGUGUGUGAGGUGGGGGGAAGGGGGAGGGGGCCCAUCCCGGGGUCUGGAGUGUCCGCUGUGGUGCGUCCUGUGUCGAGGAGGCAAGGAGAGACUCAAGCAGGCCUGUCAGAGAGGGAGGGGAGUGCUGCAUCUCCCCGCAGAUAUGCUGAGCCUCAGACUUCCGCAGCUCUUUGACAUCCACCAGGUGCCAAAGGUGUUUCGAGAGGACGGCAUCAUGUCCGGGUACCGUCAUCCCAGGAGCUCAGCCCUGGACUGCAUUCUCAGCAGUUUUCAAAUGACCAACGAGACGGUCAAUAUCUGGACCCACUUCCUGCCGACCUGGUACUUCCUGUGGCGGUUCAGCGUGCUGUGCUCCUCUCUGGACUUCCUGAUGGACAGCUACACCUGGCCGCUGCUCGUCUACAUGCUUCUGAUCUGCCUGUACCCCUUCACCUCCAGCUGCGCUCACACCUUCAGCACCAUGUCGGCCGAGGCUCGUCACAUCUGCUACUUCUUCGACUACGGCGCGCUCAGCCUCUACAGUCUCGGUACGUUGCGGUUCGUAGAGUUGCAGUUCCCACAUAAAAGUAAAAUCUUGCGAACAGCCGCGUUUGUCGUCCCCUUCCUCUUUGAUAGCUUCCCACUGUUCUACCGCCUGCUGUCGUGCUGUUGGGGGAGCUGUAGUCCCAGUCAAGCUCUGGCCAGCCACUCUUACCAUCUGUUCUUUGCGUUCCUCACAUGCUUCCUGUUUGCAUCUCACCUCCCCGAGAGACUGGCUCCUGGACGCUUCGACUACAUCGGUCACAGUCACCAGCUCUUUCACAUAUGUGCGGUGGUGGGCACACAUUUCCAGAUGGAGGCAGUGUUGACAGACAUGGCAUCUCGCAAAGAUUGGCUGACGUCGCACUCCUCUUUACCUUCGUUUCCGGCCACCUUGGGGGUCCUCGUGCUGGGCGUCCUGCUCAACCUGGGCAUCAUUGGCAUCUUUAGCGCCGGUUUACCACGAACACCUCGCCAAAGCACUUCGGCCCACCUUCAUCAGGAGUAACAAGCUUUCUUGAUCACUCCACACCUCACUGUGCACCUUUCUGGACAUUUGCGCACUUAUACAGUCACUUUCACUGAUAUAUAAGCCUUGAUACUUAUGUACUAAGAAGAUAAACGUUUAUGCUAUUCGAGAUCGUUUAUUCUAGUUAAUUUUAUACUCACGGUUUAUUAUCCCAGCCGAAAACCCUAAUGAUAAUCGCGACCUUUCAGGAGUUAUUUGAUUAGAUUUUUUAGUCAUCGAUAUGAAAGGUUGAGGGUUGAAUGACGCUAAUAUUGAUUUUUACAGGAUAUAUUCUAACAUAGCUUUGGGGUUUUUUAUGAACAUAAUAUGAUGUUUGUGUCACUACAUAUUCAUGUUGUGUAAUAUUAACUGGAAAAUGAUUACGUAGCAUUAAUCAGGGAUUUUAUAUUUGCAUUAAUAUCAUCAUGAGUAACAUCAUUAAUAUGAUUAAUCCAAUUUUAUGAUGUGUUGCAUAAUCAAAAUAUUCAAAAAUGAUGGUGGGUAUCAUAUCUAAAAUGACAUGCGGGUGGGUGAAGCUAUGCUUGUAUUUGUAAUGUCCCUUUUUAUUAUGAUUUGGAUUUAAUGGAACACCUUUGAAUAAUCUCACAGGUUCAGUAACUAAUCAAUUAAGGGCUGUUUUUAGAAAAAUAUUUCCACUUUUACUUGAGCUCGUCUAAACAUCAUUCUCCUACUAAUAUGAAUAUGGGGCUGCACUGGAGUCCUUCACUCUGGUUUUGAGUUAUGUGUCAUAUCUGUGGUAUUGUUUUGUUCAUUGCAGGUUUAUGGCGUACAAUACACUCUGUUUAUAUUGAUACACAAGGUUUUUCUAUUUAAUUGCAUUUUGUCAAUGCACUUGUGGAUCCAGUGCAAACUCGAAAUAGGUUUUGUGUUCAUGUAUUUAGUUACGUUCUGUUCUUAAACCAGAAAUCGAAGCUAAUCGUUGCGUAUGGCUAAGCUGUUAACCUCUGUCUCUCAUUUUGUCUGUUUGUUUCGUCUGACCUUACGGUGCAGGACAGGUACGUUGGCUUGUAAUUCAGUGCAAUUAAUGCUGCAUAAAGGCAGUAUUUUUGCGGAACCUUUUCUAACAAGCUCCAAAGAUCGGUCACUUGGUGGUAAUGAUAUUUUAAUUGGUGUAUAUGAAAGGGAUCUUGGGUUAAAAAGGAAAAGUAGGUGCUUCAGUGGUUAGUGGCGGAAAGAUUCUGCAUUUCUCCAAAUGCCUAUUUGUAGUACGACAGCAGAAAUUCUGGCUCACCGUUUGGUGUAAGUAGGUGUGUGUUCUUCCAGCUCCAGCUCUGAUGGAGUCUGUUCUUCUACUCAAAGAGGUUUAGAUGUGAAUGUGACUGGUCACAACAGUAGUUUGUGCACUAGAUUUAAAUGAAACGUAAAAGGUUUUGGAUUCCCAAUCCCUGUGUGUUUGUUGGCCCAAAUGAAUGUAUUGCAGUUUUGAAAACUGUGUUUUAAAGCACCAUUUAAUGUUACAAAGUAGCAUUUAAAAUUACCAAGGAAAUUGAAAUUAUUUAAUUUUUGCUUUUAAAUGUGCCAGAAUUUUUUUUUUUUACUAUAAUGCUUCCCUUUAAUAAUUGAAAUAUGCAAUCAUUAUCGCAAUGCCUUUUAUUUGCCAUUGUCAA